AUGAAAACAAAUGAGGAACUUCUGCGAAAAGAGGAAGAAGAUAUAUCCAAAACUAUAGCCUUGUCCCUGGAGGAGUACCACGCAGCUCAGAGGAAAAAGAGCGAGAAGGAUGACUACCUCCCGGAGGAUGAAAACGACGAAAUGCUGCAGGAAGCCAUUCGGCUGUCCAUCAUAGGAUGCAAGAAGAGCGAAAAGGAAGAGAGUGUAGAAACGAACGAUUCCUACCGAGAUAUUGUAAAAAAAAAUUUCAACAAAAUAACUUACUAUCUAUGUAACAGCCAUGCGUCAACAAAAAAUCAAAAUGAUGUUAUAGACAAUAAACUAUUUUGGGAAGAGAUUUACAAAAAUUAUAAAAAUAUUUAUAUCAUUAUAAGGGAUUAUAUGAUAAGCAUAAACAGGAGAAAUGAAAAAAUGAAUGAGGAAUCAACUGACUCUACCUCUAGCAGAGAAUAUUAUGACAGUGAUGAUUCUAGUGAUUGCAGUAACAAUUCUUCUUCCCUUUCUUGUUGUUCUUUAGAACAAAUAAAAAGAAGUUAUAAAAAUAUAAACUACACUACAAAGGAUUAUUGUAAGUGGUUGAGGAAAGGAAAUAGAAGCAAAUGUUUAAAUGACCACGUCUAUGUAAACUAUUUGUUAAAAGAAAUGAAGUUACUUGAUGACACUGCGAGUAUUCACAAUCUGGUAUUCGGAGUUAAUAAUUAUAAGUACUCCAAUAAAAUGGAUAUAAAAAAAUGGUGUAACCAUAGCAUUUCUUUUUAUGAUAGUAAACAAAUAACUUUUGGUCUGCGGCAAUUUUUGAGUGGACCAUGUGGACUCAUUUCCAGUAUCCAGGGGUACAUCAUCAUUAUUUUGCUCUUCAAUUAUAAGUAUCAUUUUUUGUGGGAUAAUAACUACUUUAAUAUUUUGAAAACCAAUGCAGAUUUCUUGAAUUUCACCAAUAGUAAUUCCACAGGGGUGUGUGGGAAUGCCUCCUCCCCUGGGCAAGUCAACAGGGGAGAGGGUGAUUAUGAUAAGCCAAGGGAGGAUCACACGGGCGAAUGCAAUCAGAGUAUCAUUCCUCCGUGUGAUGAACACGCUGCCGGGGAAACUGAACCUGCAACGCCAAAUGAAGAAGAACAGACAAAUUCCUCUUCGCAAAGGAUUGAUUACCAAACCAAGAGGGAUAGCACCACUGUGGGGAGUGAGAAAAAUGGAGUGGGACACUCAAAGGGAGGGAGUUGGGGUAUGAGCAGUAGCGGUGAACGAGUGAGCGGAAGCCUCGACAGUACACGUAGCAACGCAAACAAUAAUGGUAACGAUGGCGUCGGCGAUGGAGGUGGUCGAGAUACGUGGAAAGGGGACACACAGAAGGAGAGUGCGAGGAAGGGAGAAGUCGGGAAGGACCAUAAGGAUGAGGAUGACGAUUACGAUCACGAGUUCGUACAGCUAGUUAGAGAUAAUAUAAAAGAUCUAAAAUAUUACUCCUUAGUAGAAUCCAUGGCCUAUAUUAUGUACCAGUGUACAGACAAGUCGUAUUACGUUAUAGCGUUUCUUCUGCCCGAAUGUUACGACUUCUCAUACUACAUGAACAGAAGGAACUCCGAUGAAGACAUGAUAAGAGAUUUGAAAAAAAUAAAUAUUUACUACAAGGAGUUUACCAGCAUUAAAGAUGUAAUAAAAUUUUAUUUGGAGCAUUUCAUAAUUUUCUCCAGUUCAACUGGAGCCAUAUCUUUCUUAUAUUCUGUAAUUCUAACAAGAGGAAUGAACAAUAUUAUGAAUGAUAUGGAUGAUGUGAAUCAUCCGUUAAUUGGGAUUUAUGGUCACUGUUCUCAGGAGUUAGUUAACCUUCUUCUCACCGGCAGGGCCUGCUCCAAUGUGUUUGACAACAAUAGUAUUAUAAAUACGUUCCCGCAGGUGUAUGAGGAUAUGAGCGGCACUUUCCAAUUUGAUGGGGGUGGUAGACGAGGUAGUAACAGUAGCAGCAAUUUGGGGGGUACCUUUGGGGGUAUUUUACCUGGCAGUACUUCUAUCCCCCCCUUUGCAUCCCCCACCAGUGAUGCGAGACAAGGCUCCCAAAACUGCAAUGGUAGCGAAGGAAGCUCGUUGCUUUCCCAGGGGAUGAACAAAAACAAUAUCAUACUUAAAGGAAUCAAUAAGAGACCACUGAUAGGAUUACUCACCGAUUUUGAAGCUUUCAAAUAUUGCGAAGUUGGCAGUUUCUACAAAUACCCCAUUUAUCCAAUAUGGGUAAUCAGUAGCUCAAAUCACUACACCGUCUUGUUCUCCCUAAACAUUAAGAACUCAAAAUGUACAAGUGAAGAAUUAUUUUUAACAAAAAUGAACAAAGUAUGGAAUAAAUAUGAUAAGGAAAAUAACAAAUAUAUUUUGUCUCAUUUGAUUCCUCAAUUUAUACAAGAUUUGAAUUUGAAGGAGGAAUAUAAAAAUAUGUUUGAUGGUUUUGUGAGUGACCUAGACAUUUUGCUUUACUCUGAAUUUAAGGCCUUUUAUUUACAGCUAAAACAAAAUGACAUUAACAAGCUUAAGAAUUCUGACCCACCAAAGGAGAAGUACUUUUAUCUGUACGAUGCACAAGAAACGCCAGAAAAAUGUAUCAACUAUUUUCUCCUUAAGGAAGUCGAUUAUGAUGUUACGCAUGAUAACCACUUAAAGUUUUUUAACACGCGCUGGCCAAAUAACACCGUCGAAAUUUUGAACAAUGCAAAAAGACCCUCCAAGCAUAAAUAUCCCUAUUAA